AAACUAGACAACGUCUUUAGAGCAUUUAAGUAAUGGGUGUAGUUUAGACUUAAAGUCUAGUGGAUAGAAAUGUGGUUUAAAUUUGUAAUUAAUUUUUCAAAGUCACAUUAAAAUGUAACAGUUCAAAUUUUAAAUCUUUAUCAUAAUGUAGGCAGGAGUAUUCGUGUCAAUGUUGUCUGACAUGAUCAGGCCCAACUGUUAUUUUGAAUUGAGUAGAAAAUGGGCAGAGAUCUAGCGUUGAACUCUAACCUGAAUUGCCCUGUGUGAUAAGCUGACGCGAGGUCAUCGUGCUGAGUUGUCAAAUUAUACAUUAUAAUGGCAUGUACUUGUAAUUAAAAGUAUCGACUUGCAUUUUAAAUGUAAAUAUAAGGACAUCAAUACCCCCUGAACUCUUUUCACAGCAAUUCUUUCACUGAAAUUGAUAUUUUGUAUUAAAUGAAAUUAAUUAUAGUAUAAAAUUUUAUUAAUGAAUGGUUAAUUUUGUCGACGUAAAACUGGCAAACGUCAAUCACGUGGACAGUGCGUCAAUAGAGGUUAUGAUGUUGCGGCAUAAUCCUCUCGCAUUACUACGGAUGUGACGAUUUCACUGAUCUCAGUUUAAUUUGUUUGGGGUAGCGAUACGUUCAGUUGACUAACCACAUUUAUUCUUUAUAGACCCCAUCGUAGUAUACCUUGGAAUUAAUCGAUUGUAGAAAACCUAAUUAUUCACCAUGGUUAUGUCGCUGAACAUUCUACGUUGUGGUGCCCGGAUAUCUGGGAGGAGCAUUAAUUUGCUGCAAAAUUGUGGCAGAUAUUUACCAAAACUUUCAGAGAAUGCAUUCCGAUUAGUUUCGACAUCUGCAUGUCGUUCAACAAACGUUCGACGAUUCACUGACAAGCACGAAUGGAUAUCAAUAGACGGAAAUGUUGGAACUGUUGGCAUAUCACACUAUGCCCAGGUUGGAUUCACUGGGUGAUGUAGUUUAUGCUCAGCUUCCUGAUGUGGGAACUGUAGUAGAACAAAAAGGAGAAUGUGGUGCACUCGAAAGUGUUAAAGCUGCUAGUGAACUCUAUUGUCCUGUGUCUGGAAAAGUGGUAGAGAAGAACACGUCAGUUGAGCAGACACCAGGCCUCAUCAAUAAUAGUUGUUAUGAAAAAGGUUGGCUGUUCAAGGUAGAAUUAACAAGACCUGAAGAGUUAACUGGACUUAUGAGUGAAGAAGAAUAUGAAAAAUUUUUGAAAUCUGAUGAUCACUGAUUGAAAUGAAGAUCUAAUGAUAUUGAACGAUAUUUAAGCAAUCAGAUGGCAAAGAAUGAAUAACAUUCAAUGUAGGUUCAUUGGAUAGAAGUUUUGAUCCAAUAUCUUGAAGUUUUCUCUUGGAGAGUAGUCAGAGAAUGAGUAAUUCAAGAUAAUAAUUGUUCUGUAUUUUUUGAUUUGACUUGUUGUAUUUGUUGUCAGUUGUAAUAUAGUUGUAUACUUUUGUUAAUGCAUUAAAAUGCAAUAAAAUGGUCUUAUACUGAACUCAUACUGAACUGAAAUUAGAGUAAUUACUCCUCUGCUCCUGUAAUUACUCCUAAUAUUGCUCUGAAAACAAGCAUUAAGAAUUUCAUUGACCUGUUUGUCGGGCCAAUUGUUAACAAAAUACGAAAGAAUUGAUAAUAGCUGGGAUAGGAGUAAGUUCCAAUAUCUAUCUAUCUACCUCUUUCUCCCUCUUUUUUCUUUUCUUUUCUUCU